ACAUUUUGAAAAUGGUUGUGUACCUUUAAAGAAACAGCGUUAUGCUUUUCCCGCGUCUUUGCUUAUUUACAAUUAUAGUAUUACAAACAUUGACAUUUAUAAUAAUAUAACAUAAGUGCGAAAAAAUAUUGUGUUACUCGACGUUGUAAAUAAAUAAAAUUUAUCAAAAUGUACAUAAAAUCGAUGGUAUUGGAAGGCUUCAAAUCCUAUGGAAAGCGCAUAGAAAUCAACGGUUUUGACAGAGAAUUCAAUGCAAUUACUGGUUUGAAUGGUAGUGGUAAAUCUAAUAUUUUAGAUGGAAUAUGUUUUGUCCUUGGAAUAACAAAUUUGUCCCAGGUUCGUGCGAGUUCUCUACAAGAACUUGUUUACAAAUCAGGUCAAGCCGGCAUAAAAAAGGCCAGUGUGACAAUAACUUUUGACAACCGAAAUCGUGAUGUUUCUCCGAUGGGCUAUGAACAUUAUGACGAAAUUACAAUUACCCGACAAGUGAUAAUUGGUGGAAAAAAUAAAUAUAUGAUUAACGGUUCUAAUGUUCCAAAUAAACGUGUACAAGAUUUAUUUUGUUCCGUUCAAUUGAACGUGAAUAAUCCACAUUUUCUUAUCAUGCAAGGUAGAAUCACCAAAGUUUUGAAUAUGAAACCAAUGGAAAUUCUUUCGAUGAUCGAAGAGGCAGCAGGAACUCGUAUGUACGAGACAAAGAAGCAAGCUGCUCUGAAAACAAUUGAAAAGAAAGACAGUAAAUUGGUCGAAAUUGAAAAUAUUCUCAAGGAAGAAAUUGGUCCAAAGUUGGAGAGGCUCAAACAGGAGAGAAUGCAAUUUGUCGAAUUUCAACGAGUCGAAAGGGAACUUGAACAUUGUCGUCGGAUUUAUAUUGCAUGGAGGUAUCAAAAAGCUCUACAGGACAGUGACGAUGCGGAAAAAAAUGUUUCAAAAGUAAAAAAAGAUUUGGAAAAUAAACAAAAGAGUAUAAAGGAUGGAGAAGAAGAAGUGAAGAGAAUCGAAAUUGAAGUUGUCGUCCUGCAAAAGAAAAGAGAUGAAGACAAGGGACUUCACCUCGAAACAUUAGAAUCGAAUCUCAAAGAAGUGGAAAAGAAAGAAUUGAAAUUAGCCGCCGAAAUCAAAGGUAAUAAAGAAAAUGUGAAAACAGAAACAACAGCUCUCGAACAAUUAAAAUCGAAUAUUACUGAUGACGAGAAAAUGCUAACAACAAAGGAAAAACAACUCGAGAAAGUUGGUGGUCUUUUUCAACAGUUGAAAGAUCAGGAUCAACAAGAUUCCGAUGCUUUUCUCGCUGCUCAAGAGACAUAUCAUAAGAUCAGUGCUGGUUUAUUGGAGAAUGAUGACGGUGAAAAUGCAACUUUGGAACAGCAAUUGAUGAAUGCAAAACAAACGGCUACUCAGGCACAAACCGAAGUGAAACAAUGUGAAAUGACACUCUCACACAGUAAACAGCAGUUGACUAAAAAGCAAAACGAUAUGCGAAAUACUGAAAACGACUACAAGAAGGACAGCAAAAAAUUGACGGACGUUGAGCAAAGUUUACAAAAAAUAGAAAAUGAAUUAAAGAGUGUAAAUUAUACCGAGGGAGAAUUGGAAGGUUAUCAAGAAAGAAGACGAACAUUGCAAAGAGAGAUCGGAAAUUUACAGGAUAAAGUCGAUGUAUUUGAAUCGAGAUGUCAUCAACUUCGAUUUAAUUAUAAAGAUCCUGAGCCAAAUUUCCGAAGGGAAUCCGUGAAGGGUUUAGUCUGUCAACUCAUCACUUUGAGGGAUCACAGAAGUGCCUAUGCUUUAGAAGUUGCCGCUGGAGGAAAGCUUUAUAAUGUGAUCGUCGACACUGAAAAUACGAGUAAAAAGCUUUUGCAGCGCGGUCAAUUGCAGCAGCGUGUCACAAUAAUUCCUCUAAACAAAAUCAAUGGUCGUGUGAUAGACAAGAGAAUAGUCGACCUGGCACAGAAAUUGGUGGGAAAAGAGAACGUUCAACCGGCAUUGAAUCUCAUUGAUUUCCCGGAGGAAACCCGUUCCGCGAUGAAUUGGAUUUUCGGUCAAGUUUUCAUUUGUAAAGAUAUGGAGACUGCAAGAAAAAUUGCCUUUCACGAUGGAAUUAUGAAAAAGUGCGUGACACUCGACGGCGAUGUGUUCGAUCCGUCCGGAACAUUGUCCGGUGGUUCUCGAGCAAAAGGCGGUUCAAUUCUCCUCAAACUAGAAGAAUUAAAAGUCAUUCAGAACGAAUUAAAUCAGAAAAAUUACGAACUACGUGAUGUUGAGGGAAAUAUUUCCAAUAUUGGACAAAAUGCCCAAAAGUAUACAAUGUUGAAGCAAACCUACGAUCUCAAGAGUCACGAGGUAGAAAUGGUCCGCAAGAGAAUUCAACAAACCACACAUCAUCAAAUUAAAGAAGAAGUCGAAGCAUUGCAAGCAUCAAUUGUGGAAUUGACUCAAAAAAUGAAGGAGGCAAAAGAAACCGAAAAGCUAAGUUCACAAAAGUCGAAAGAGCUCGAGGCGCAAUUAAAAGACUCGGCAAAUAUUCGCGAACGACAAUUGAAGGAGGCAGAGAAGAAAUUAGAAACCUUAAGAAAGAAAUCAGAAGCAAGUAGAAAAGAAUGGCAGAAACGAGAACAGGAAUCAGAAAUGUUGAAUCUAGAACUCUCCGAAUUGAAAAAAACAAUUGAAAGUGGUAAAGAACAACUCGAAAAAGCAGAAGCGAAAUUAAACGAACUCAAAGAAAAGGAAUCAGCGUUAAAGGAGGAAAUAAACACAGUGAAAGAAGAAGUCGCCGAAGUACAGGGAGAACUAAAAAAACAAAAAGAUAUAAUAAAUCAAAAAAGUAAAGAAAUACAAAAAAUGUUAAAUAAGAAGGAAGAACUUAUAAAACAGGCCAGCGAGACAGAAUUGGAAAUAAAGAAACUAAAUCACGAAAUUAAUGCAAUUAAGAACAGUGCCACAGAGUGUAAACAUAAAGUUGCUGAAUUAAAGAGAAAAUACGAGUGGAUCGAGCAAGACAAAGACUAUUUCGGAGAAGCUGGAGGAAUGUACGAUUUUAGUGUCAACGAUCCUGAGAAAAUGGGCCAGAAAAUGCAUCAAUUGGAAAACCAACGUGAUCGCUUGAGUCGAAAUGUAAAUACAAGAGCAAUGAAUCUCUUGAAUAAGGAAGAGGAACAAUAUAAAAUGAUGUUGGACAAAAAGAAAAUCGUCGAGAAUGAUAAGAGGAAAAUUUUAGAAACAAUAAAACACUUGGACGAGAAGAAAAAGGAAACAAUUCACCAAGCUUGGGAACAGGUGAACAAAGAUUUUGGAUCGAUAUUUAGUACCUUACUACCAGGAACAAGUGCAAAAUUACAACCACCGGAGAAUAGUACAGUUCUUGAUGGUUUAGAGGUGAAAAUCGCCUUUUCCGGUGUUUGGAAAGAAUCAUUGGGAGAACUUUCCGGUGGACAAAAGUCUCUGGUAGCGCUUUCGUUAAUUUUGGCGAUGCUUUUAUUUAAACCCGCGCCCUUGUACAUUUUGGAUGAAGUCGACGCGGCAUUGGAUCUUUCGCACACUGAGAAUAUAGGAACAAUGUUGAAGAGGCAUUUUAAACAUUCUCAAUUUGUUUUAGUUUCCCUAAAAGAUGGCAUGUUCAAUAAUGCAAAUGUUCUCUUUACCACGAAAUUUGUUGACGGUAUGUCGACUAUUUCAAGAACAGAACGAUCAUCUAAAUAGAUGUAAUUUAUUUUUUUUAAAUAUUCUUUGCGUUCAUUAUUAUUCUUUACGUUCAUCAAACAAUAAGUAGAUGUAAUUUAUUUUCUAAAAUUUAUUCUUUGCAUUAUAAUCAAGAUGAAUGAACGGAAUUAAUGUAGUUUUUUGAAAAUAAAAAUUUGUAGUUUAUUAAAAAA